UAUGCGAGUAAACAAAUCGCCUUUAUAGCGGGCCAAACGAUUACCAAGAAACCACUGGCAGAGCGGGGGAUUUCUGUUGGCUUUUACCCGAUUGAACCUUCGUCGAUGAACCGCUGGUAUGAUUAGUGGGGAGGCAACAGAUCGUUCAAUCAGUAACUGAUCGGGAGUGAAACCCGUUCGCAACGGAUUGGAGCGGCUUGGAUCUCGGGGAGUGUAGCUCUCAGUUGAUCUCCGAUUUAACGUAGAGAUGUGGCCGUCUCUGCUCACCACCCUCUUGAUCAUUCUUCUGGCAUGUGUUUUUGGCCAGCAUCCGGAUGUAGUUAGGUCUUGCACGAGAUACAAGAAGACCGUGUUUGAUGAGACUGUCAACUAUGGAUUAUUCCUGCCCGGAGCCGCGACUCUUAGCCGGGUCAUCGACAAUUGUCGAAGUUAUUUGCCUUUCAUUGUAGGUGGUCAUCCGGCCCAGGCUCGGGAAUUUCCGCACAUGGCUCUUGGACGUCGCCAAGAUCUGGGCAUCGACUGGUUCUGCGGCGGCGUUUUAAUUAGCGAGAGAUUCGUCCUUACCGCUGCCCACUGCCUGGAAUCGGAAAAAGGAGACGUGAAUGUGGUGCGAUUGGGUGAACUAGACUUUGAUACGUACUUAGACGACGCUGCUCCCCAGGAUUACAAUGUUUCUGGAUAUAUUAUCCAUCCGAAUUACGAGGAUCCAGAGUUUUACCACGACAUUGGAAUGAUUAAACUGAAUGAGGACGUGAUCUUUGAUCUUUAUAAGCAUCCCGCCUGUCUGCCAUUUCAGGAUGAUCGUUCCAAAAACACUUUUAUAGCCGUAGGAUGGGGCAGCAUGGAUUUGGCAGGGAAGCCCUCGGCCAAGUUGCUCAAAGUGAAGCUGGAUCGCUACGGAGAAAAGGUAUGCACGAGACUCUUGACCCGGCAAUUGGAGGAGUUCCCGCGUGGAUUUGAUGAGCGAACCCAACUCUGUGUGGGUUCCGAGAUGGCCCGGGAUACAUGUAGCGGCGAUUCGGGCGGACCUCUGCUGAUAUACCAUGAGGACUAUCGAUAA